AUGCAGGAGGCGAAGGACGAGUCGAAGACGCAGCGCGAGGCGUGCAGCGUCUGCGGCGCGGAGAGCCGCCGCGAGUGCCCCUGCGGCACGCGGCGCUACUGUUCCGUGAGUUGCCAGCUCAAGGACUGGACGGAGCUCGAGCACAAGCCCGCGUGCCUGAAGCUCCGCGAGGAGAUCCCGGAGCGGCCGACGCGGCCGCCCUCGCCGCUCCGGCCCGUCUACGGCGAGCCGCCGCCGCCGCCGCCGCCGCCGCAGCCGCCGCGGCCGACGCCCGAGCAGCGCAUGGCCUUCGCCCGCGCCCAGGACGACUCGACGCGGUGCCCCGUCUGCGAGGAGAUCUUCGACCCGAACUACUACAAGCACCACGUCUUCCGCGUCUGCUGCUGCAAGCUCAUCUGCGAGCGCUGCGACAUCGGCGUGCUGAAGGCGACGGCGCCGCUGUGCCCCCUCUGCGAGUCGCCGGCCAUGACCCACGCCGAGGAGCUCGCGCUCCUACGACGACGGGUCGACGAGCACGAGCCCAACGCCAUGGUCCAGCUCGGCCACAAGCACCAGCGGGGCGAGGCGGGCCUCGAGCGGGACGACGCCGCGGCGCUCGCGCUCUACCAGCGCGCGGCGGACUACGGCGACCUGCGCGCCAUGGUGCACCUGGGCCUCGCCUACGUGAAUUCGCGCGGCACGCCCAAGGACGAGAGGCUCGACGGCCCCGCGCAGCAGCGCCGCGACCGCCAGAAGGGCGUCGACCUCCUGCGCCUCGGCGCGGAGCGCGGCGACGCGCACUGCCAGUACUGCCUCGCCGUCGCGCUGCUGGAGAAGGACGAGCUCCAGGAGGCCGUCAUCUUCCUCGAGCUGGCCGCGGACCAGAAGUACGCCAAGGCGGAGUUCACCGCGGGCGCGUGCCACCUCCAGGGCCUCGGCGUCCCCGAGGACGAGGACAAGGCGCUCCGCUGGUUCCUCCGCGCGGCCUACCGCGGCCACAACGAGGCGCGCCAGGCCGUCGGCGUCAUCCGCCGCCACCGGCCCGACGCGCCCGAGUUCGCGCCGGAGGCGAGGCGCCUCGCGGAGGAGGGCGCGCGGGAGAAGCUCAAGCGCGACGCGAAGCGCGCCCAGGCGAAGCACCCGGGCUGGCCCGAGUGGGACGACGACUGGGACUACUGGCACGACGGCGAGGUCGGCACGUGGCGCAUCGAGAUUCCGGGACCGUCGUCGCGGAUCGGCGAGCUCAAGGCGGCCAUCGAGGCGCAAAAGUCCGUGGCGUCGGACGCGCAGGUGCUGAGCGCGGAGCCGUCCGGCGCCGCGCCGCUCGACGACGGCGCGACGCUCGAGGCCUGCGGCCUGGGCGCCAACGGGUCCAUGGUCUUCCUCGCCGUGGCCGCGGACCGGCGGGACGACGUCGCGCUGCCGCCGCCGCCGACGGCCAAGGACGACGUCGGCGUCCGCGGCGCCGCGCGCGUCAAGAUCGGCGCGGACGGGUCCAUCGUCGCGACGGAGUACGACGACUACACGUCGGCCAAGGGCUUCCGGCCGGGCAUGGCGGCGCUCGGCGACAUCAAGAAGUCGUGGACGCUCACGGACUUCCUCGAGAUGGACGACCAGUUCGUCUUCAAGGUGAAGCGCCAGGAGGACAAGCACUGCGCCGCCGUGUCCCUGGACGCCGGCGCGUGCGUGAGCUUCCAGGGCUACGUGCAGCAGCUCGGCUGGCGCCAGCAGCGCGUGGGCUUCCUCUACGGCACCUUCGACGACGGCGAGGCGCGCGCGGAAGCCGUCUACGAGCCGCCGCAGGACUGCAGCGAGCACGGCUUCGUGCUCCUCGAGGACGACAAGGCCGAGGCCGUGGCCCAGCUCGCGCAGCUGCUGGGCCUCGUGCGCGUGGGCUGGAUCUUCGCGUGCCCGCCGCGCGAGGACGGCUUCGUCUUUUCCGGCGAGGAGGCGAUCCAGGCGGCCAUGGAGCAGCUCGAGGCCGCCGACGGCGUCGCCGAGACGCCCUACGUGUCCGUGCGCGUCACGGUCAACGAGAAGGGCGAGGCGAACUUCGAGGCCUACCAGGUGAGCCAGCAGUGCAUGGCCAUGGUCGCCGAGGGCGCGCUCCAGGGCGGGACGAGAGCGCGACGCGCGCUCGCGCCGGACCCGGACGACGCGGCCGCGUGCCUCGUCCACGAGACCUUCACGGCCAUCGUCGAGGGCAAGCGCGCGGCGAACGUGAACACGAACUUCUUCCUCUGCAACGUGCCCGUGAAGCAGCACACGUCCGCGACGUUCGCCGCGACGUUCCCCAAGGAGAACCGCAUGAUCCCGCAGACGCGCGACGACCUCAAGGUCGUCCUCAACAAGGCCAAGUCCACGGGCGCGAAAUUGGGCGACGCCCUCGCGGACUUCGGCGCGCUCCUCUUCCUCAUGGGCUUCCCCCAGAUCUUCGACAGCCAGUUCAUGCCCGCGGUCUGCGCGUCCGUCGUCGACCGGACGCUGCCCCUCGACGAGGGCUACGGCCUCAUCCUCUACUCCUUCGCGGGCAUGGACUUCUAGGACCCGCUAAGAGCUACCUUAGGGACGCG